AAACACACACACACCUACUCUCACUCUCUCUCUUACUCUUAGUCUUACUUACAUCCUCGUUUUUCUCUCUCCUACACUGUCCCCGAAAGUCUCACUCUCACCUCACCCAAACGAAAUGCCCACGACUUUUACUACUCUUAAAUUCAAAACACCCCACUUCACCAAUUUAGCUCCUUUCUCUUAAAAAUCCUUGCUUUCUUUGUUGGGUCUGUUUCAUUCUUUUUUCUCUGGUUUUGGAUUCCGCACCAGACAUGGCUCUUGAGUCAGCUGACAUCAGAGGAGUUCCGACUCAUGGUGGACGCUAUGUUCAGUACAAUAUCUAUGGUAACCUCUUUGAGGUCUCUAGGAAGUAUGUUCCUCCUAUUCGCCCCGUGGGAAGAGGGGCAUAUGGUAUUGUUUGUGCUGCUGUAAAUGCAGAGACCCGUGAAGAAGUUGCCAUUAAGAAGGUUGGGAAUGCAUUUGACAACAGAAUAGAUGCCAUAAGGAAUCUACGAGAAAUUAAACUUCUUCGGCACAUGGAUCAUGAAAAUGUGAUAACCCUUAAAGACAUUAUUCGCCCACCACAGAGGGAUAACUUCAACGAUGUGUACAUUGUUUAUGAGUUAAUGGAUACUGAUCUGCAUCAAAUAAUUCGAUCUAGUCAACAAUUGACUGAUGAUCAUUGUCGGUAUUUUCUGUAUCAGUUAUUACGAGGACUCAAAUAUGUACACUCAGCAAAUGUUCUGCACCGUGAUCUAAAGCCUAGCAACUUGCUACUGAAUGCCAACUGUGAUCUUAAGAUUGCAGACUUUGGUCUCGCUAGAACUACAUCUGAAACUGAUUUCAUGACUGAGUAUGUGGUUACUCGGUGGUACCGAGCUCCAGAAUUACUUCUUAAUUGCUCAGAAUAUACUGCUGCCAUUGACAUAUGGUCUGUGGGUUGCAUCCUUGGUGAAAUCAUAACACGGCAACCCCUAUUUCCCGGGAGAGAUUAUGUUCACCAGCUCAGUCUGAUUACAGAGCUCAUAGGUUCACCUGAUGACACUAGCCUUGGAUUUCUACGAAGUGAUAAUGCUCGUAGAUAUGUGAGACAGCUUCCACAAUAUCCAAGGAAACAAUUUGCUGCUAGAUUUCCAAGCAUGUCUCCUGGUGCUGUUGAUUUGUUAGAAAAAAUGCUUGUCUUUGAUCCAAAUAGACGUAUCACAGUUGAUGAGGCUCUGUGCCACCCUUACUUGGCACCUCUUCAUGAUAUUAAUGAAGAACCUGUUUGUGUUAGACCUUUCAGUUUUGAUUUUGAGCAACCAUCAUUCACUGAAGAAGAUAUCAAGGAACUCAUUUGGAGAGAAUCUGUGAUAUGCAAUCCUGAUCCAACGAUUUAUUGAUAUUUUGCAUUUAUUAUUGUAUGUGCAUAGUGAAAUAGGUUUUGACUGGUUUACAACACUGCUGGGGAGUUGUCUGUUCUCCACAAAAGUAUUUAGCAUAUUGGAUAUACUGAGAUUUUUUUUGUUAAAUUAUAUUAUUUAAUGAGACUUUGUGAGGUUGUCUUUCAUUUGAUUAUUAUUUCACAUUCUUGGAUAAUGUAUUGUUGAGAUGUACUGUUGGAAUAUUAAAAGCCAAGCAGCAUUACUUGAAGGUUUCAGCAGAAA